AUGGACAGAAGGAACGCUCUUCCACCCAUCGACAGCCACGCUGAUUUAAAAAGUCUGUUGAUGCAAGAACCAUACUUCAUACCGCACAUAAAUUACUUGCAGACCUUCCAAAGCCAAUUAACACCGUUCAUGAGAAGGCAAAUCAUUUGGUGGAUGGACGAUUUGCUCGAGAGGAAAGGAUUCGACGAGUCGCUUACGUUCCACGCCAUCAAUUUGUUGGACCGAUACCUGUGUCGCGUCCAGAUCGUCAGCUACGAUCUGGAGGUUGUGGCUGCCUCCUGUCUUUUGUUGGUGACGAAAAUCAAGAGCGAUAAGAAGUUGGAGGCCGACAUCAUCAGCGAGUACUUGGAUCCGACAAUUAUUGCUGAGGACAUAAUUGGAAUGGAAGCGAAUGUCAUUUCGGCACUGGAAUGGCAGGUUACUACCAUAUCUAGUUAUGAUUUCGCCAACGCCGUUUUGGACCAACUGCUACAGACGCCUCGGUAUGUGAAUCCCAUCAAAGAAAGAGCUAGGAAAAUCCUCAAGAUUUGUCUGAUCGACACGCGAUUCCUGAAGCUUAGGUAUUCGCAAUUGGCUCUUGCGGUGGUUGAGUACGUGUUGUACGAAGUCGGAUAUCCUGGCGUUCCUUGGUUUGUUGAACAGUUUUAUGGACUGUUUAAUUUGGAUGCAAACAAAAGUAGAGUAUUGAUGGAGUUUAUUCGGAUGACUAUUAAAGGAGAAUACUAA